UUGGUGAAUAGAAAUCAGUGGCAUUGGAGAGAGGGAGGACUCCUCCUACCCAAUUACCCAAGCUGGGCAGGCGUUUGCUCUCUUCACAAAUAGGACACAGGAUCUCUAACACACACAGUCCCAAACCUGACUUUCAAGCAUUCGGAUCCCCAGUAGGAGAUUGGGACUAUCUGAAAAUAUACGUUUAAAACAUCCUCCAGACUUCAACUUUGCCUUUUAUCGUCCGGACUAUACUUUUUUUGCACCAGCCCAACAAGACCGUGGAGAAGUGGACUGGUUCUCCUGCUGUUCCUGCGCCACCCAUCAAAUCCAACCGGCUUGAUUUUUAAAACAUUGAUUGCAUCUGUGUGAAUUUGUUGGUGUAGAUCCAUUCGGAUGCUUUAAGGAUCCGGAAAGCUGUAUAUGGAAGUUGUGGGACGCAAGGCGAAAGAAAGCAGUUGCAUAUUGCGUCCAGCAGCCAUGCUUUUCCACGGCAUCUCUGGGGAUCAUAUUCAAGGGAUCAUGGAGGAGAUGGAGAGGAGAUCUAAAACGGAGUCUCGGCUGGCUAAAACCGUUCAGGUGAACGGACGAGAGACGAGCAUGCCCUCUAUGAGCCCAGAGAAGCCUGCGCUGUGCGCCGGCUGCGGGGGGAAGAUCUCCGACAGAUACUACUUACUCGCCGUGGAUAAACAGUGGCAUUUAAGGUGUCUCAAGUGUUGUGAAUGUAAACUGGCCCUUGAAUCCGAGCUGACGUGUUUCGCGAAGGAUGGCAGCAUUUACUGCAAAGAGGAUUACUACAGAAGGUUCUCCGUGCAGAGAUGUGCCCGCUGCCACCUCGGCAUCUCCGCGUCGGAAAUGGUGAUGCGCGCCAGGGACUCCGUGUACCAUCUGAGCUGCUUCACCUGCACCACAUGCAACAAAACACUGACCACGGGCGACCAUUUCGGCAUGAAAGACAGCUUGGUUUACUGCCGGGUCCACUUUGAGACGCUUAUUCAGGGAGAGUAUCACCCUCAAUUAAACUACGCUGAAUUAGCGGCCAAAGGCGGAGGGCUCGCGCUGCCUUACUUCAAUGGCACCGGCUCGGUGCAGAAAGGAAGGCCCAGGAAGAGGAAGAGUCAGGCGAUGGGGAUAGAUAUCGGCUCGUACAACUCAGGUUGUAACGAGAACGAUGCGGACCAUUUGGAUCGGGAUCAACAGCCCUACCCUCCGUCCCAGAAGACCAAGCGCAUGCGUACAUCAUUCAAACACCAUCAGCUUCGCACCAUGAAGUCCUACUUCGCCAUAAACCACAACCCCGAUGCCAAGGACUUAAAACAGCUCGCCCAAAAGACAGGACUGACCAAAAGAGUUCUUCAGGUUUGGUUCCAAAACGCACGGGCCAAAUUCAGAAGGAACGUUUUGCGGCAGGAGAAUGGGGGUGUUGAUAAGGCUGACGGCACGUCACUUCCGCCGCCCUCGUCCGACAGCGGUGCUCUGACCCCACCCGGCACGGCCACCACACUAACAGACCUGACCAAUCCCUCAAUCACCGUAGUAACAUCAGUCACCUCUAGUUUGGACAGCCACGAAUCCGGGAGCCCCCCACAAACUACCUUGACAAACCUUUUCUAACACAGAUUUGCUUCUUUUUUUUCUUUCUUUUUUUGUCUCCACCCCCUUUAUUUUCAGAUUCUAUUUUUAUUUUCCAAAACGGAAAACCCUUUGGCGACCACAGAAAGACUUUUGGAAAUGGAAGACGACACCUACUAUCUAUAGCAUUUGUAACCGCGUGGCAGCUGAGUUUGUAGAAACUUGUCACCUGAUUUGUUUUUGUGAUCAGUUGCGAUUCAUUUUAUUUAUAUAAUUUAAGUUUUUACCCGCCAUGUUUAUUAAAAUAAAGUGUGUCAGCAUACAGCACAUGCUAUGUUGGCUACAUAUUUCGGAAGUGGAAUUUAAAUAUAUUUGAGGAUACUUCCAGAAAUAUGUUCAGGAGGCACAUUGGGAAUGUUUCCCAUGCCAAGUGGAUGCUGUAACCUCAAUUUAGAUCUGUUUUGUCACUGACGCUGUACUCUAAUGACAAUUUGAAACAUUAAAUUUGCCACGAUGUGGUGCGAAUCAAUAUUGUUCCCAGUAGGAAGCAUUAUUAAAUUGAAAUGUAUGCUUUUAGCAGACGCUUUUAUCCAAAGCGACUAACAGUGCAUUCAGGCUAACAUUUUUUACCUAUGUGCUGCCUGGGAAUCGAACCCACAACCUUGCGCUGCUAACGCAAAGCUCUACCACAGGAACACUAUUAUUACUGAUUUGUGAAUGCUAAGCAGUAAGUUAAUUAGGGACGACACACAUCACCCCGUUUUGAUUUUUUUUACGUUUUGCCACCAAACAGACCAAAAAAAAGAAGAAAAAAAAUCGGUUGAGGCUCCUCGCUAGGGUGAAACAUUUCCUUCUGUGAUGACAAAUUUGUUCUGUUGUGGAGCAAAGUGGUCCACUUGAUCUACUUCAUGAAGUAGAUGCUUAACUCAGUUCUACUAUGUGCCUUAUGCGACUUGGACGAGAGUUUGUGAAAUUCAGGAGAUACACGUUUGUUUGUUUGUUUGUUUGUUAAAUGAUUUCCAUCUUCUGAAAGCCUCACUAGUUUUGUACUGUUCUGUCUUUCAUCUGAUUUCUUUGCUGAAGAUCUUUUGAAUGGUGUAUUCCGUUACGGGGGGGGCGGCGAUGUCAUAGACGGCAGUUGUGCACUCUUUCAGAACUAGUUGGGAAAUCCGAGAAUCAUAUAUAUUGAUCUUCGUGUUAAUAGUACAGUACGUGUUCUAUCAAGAUUGUCCAUGUUUCCUUGUUUCUUGAAAAAAAGAUGGUGUAUAGAAACUAUUUCCCCUUAAAUAUUUAUGGACCAAACAGUUGUUAUAUCUUAUUAAAUUUGUGUGAAUAAAACUACUUUGCUUUACAA